UGUGAAGGUCACAGAUAUCUUUACUUUCUGCCAUGAUAAAUAUUCUCCCUCUUUGCAUGAAGUGAAUGCUGAUGAGUGAUGUCACCUUCUUGUUAUUUUGCAGUUCCCGUGUGGGCAAUAGCAGCCAUUGUUGUGGUGGUCCUGGUUUUGGUGGCAUGCUGCAUCUUCUGUAUGUUCAAGAAAUGCUGCGGGAAAAAGAAAAAGCCAAAGAAAGUUAGGGAGAGGAAAACAGGUCGCCGCAAGAAGGAAAAAGAAGGCGAAGGAGAGAAUGGAGAGAAGGAGGGAGAUGUAAAGAAGGAAGGAGAGCAAGAGGAGAAGGAACAGGAGAAGUUGGGCAGACUGGAGUUCUCGCUGGACUACAACUUCACAGAUGCUCAGCUCAUAGUGGGCAUCCUUCAGGCUCAGGACCUUGCUGCUAUGGAUAUGGGGGGAACCUCAGACCCCUACGUCAAAGUGUUUUUGCUGCCAGAAAAGAAGAAGUACGAGACCAAAGUUCAGCGCAAGAACUUAUGCCCCGUGUUCAACGAGACUUUCAUCUUCAAGAUCCCGUAUGCAGAGUUGGGCGGAAAGACUUUGAUUCUGCAAGUUUUCGACUUUGACCGUUUCUCAAAGCAUGACAUGAUCGGUGAGAUAAAGAUUCCCAUGAACAGCGUUGAUUUGGGCCAGCCGAUGCAACAAUGGAGAGAUGUAGAGAGUGGUGAGAAGGAAGAGCAAGAGCAACUGGGCGAUAUUUGCAUUUCUUUACGUUAUGUACCCACUGCUGGAAAACUGACCGUGAACAUCAUGGAGGCAAAGAAUCUGAAGAAAAUGGAUGUUGGUGGUUUAUCAGAUCCCUAUGUAAAGCUUGUUCUGCAGCAAAAUGGGAAACGGAUUAAGAAGAAAAAGACGACAGUCAAGAAGAACACACUAAACCCUUACUUUAAUGAGAGUUUCAGCUUUGAAGUCCCAUUCGAGCAGAUACAGAAAGUGCAAGUGGUCAUCACAGUGUUGGACUAUGAUAAACUUGGGAGCAAUGACCCCAUUGGAAAGACCUUCAUGGGUUAUGGAGCUACAGGAGUCGGUCUGCGCCACUGGUCAGAUAUGGUCGCAAAUCCCAGACGUCCGGUGGCCCAGUGGCACACUCUCCUGCCAGAAGAAGAGGUCGAUGCGGCAGUCAAAGCUAAACCUCGUUAAAAUCGCACCUUGUUUUAGUGUGACUAACCUGCCGAUAUGUUACUUAUUGUUAAUCCUGAUGCUUUCCCAAUUUAGAUGUUCUUGUAUUGAUUGUGUUUCAUUUAAGAUACUUAAAUGUGUGUAUGUAUGUGUGUGUAUGUGUCUGUGUGAUGUACAGACAAUUUUUGAUAUUUGGUUGUAACUUGGCAUCCCUCCAUUUACCUUUUACUGUAAACCAAUAUGACUUGUAGUAUAUUUGGAAACAAUUGUAUGCUCAUGUAUUGGCAUAGUAACAUUUGGAUGCAUAAAAGAAGGAUAUCAGAGUAACUCUGUGUUCUGAAAAGUUACUCUGUUUACAUGGUGGAGCUUCUAUUUCUCACGACAUGUACACUGAGCCUUUGUGCUCUUUUUGUAGUGAUGUGGUGCAGGUCCCAAAUAAAACUUGUUGUAAUGCUUUGGAUCUUUUCAAAAUAAACUCAC